AGCCACUGCGCACUGGUGAAGUUAAGUUCUUGCCCCUCUUAGCAGCUUUUGACUGUGUCUGUGGGCGGCCUGGAACCGUAGUGGAAUCGCCACUCGAAGGUCCGAAAAGGAAAGAAGACGCAGUGGUUAAUUCUAGAAGAUGACUCCUCGGUCCCCAUGCCAUAUGGAGCCAGUUGCGUUCUGCACCUCUGCCCACCAGCCCCAUCUCUUGGUCCUGGUUCUGAGUCUGCCUGUGCUGGGCUCAGCCCAGUUUUCUGUCAUGGGGCCAGCUGAGCCCAUCCUGGCCAUGGUGGGAGAAAACACGACAUUGCACUGCUACCUGUUACCAGAGAAAAACGCUGAGGACAUGGAGGUGCGAUGGCUCCGGUCACAGCUCUCCCCCGCAGUGCUGGUGUACAAGUCCCGACGAGAGAGGCCGGAGGAGCAGAUGGAGGUGUAUCGAGGAAGGACCACGUUCCUGAGUGCGGACAUCAACAAGGGGAGGGUGGCGCUGGCCAUAAGCAACGUCACAGCCCACGACAACGGUGUCUAUCGCUGUUACUUCCAGGAAGGCCAGUCCUAUGAUCAGGCCGUCGUGCGCCUUGUGGUGGCAGCCCUAGGUUCCAAGCCACUCAUUGAACUGACGGCCCUUGAGGACGGCGGCAUCCGGCUGGAAUGCACAUCUACCGGGUGGUAUCCAGAACCUGUUGCCCUGUGGAGAGACCCCCACAGGGAGGUCACACCCGCCUGGGAGGAGGCCUACACUGCGGACAUGGAUGGACUCUUCGCUGUCAGCACAGUUGUGAUCAUCAGGGACUAUUCUGUGAGGAACAUGACCUGUUCUGUCAACAGCAGUCGGCUCGACCAGGAGUUGGAGAGUGUGGUCUUCAUCCCAGAAUCCUUAACUCCCAGCCCACCUCUGUGGUUGGUGGCCACAGCUGUCAUCCCGCCUGCACUAAUCCUCCUCGUGUCUGGGACCAUCUGCUUCGUCAAGAAACUCCAUGAGGGGAAAAAGGCUCUGUCAUGGGAGAAAGAAGUCGAAUAUGAGAAGGAAGAAGUUAUACAGCGGCUUCAAGAAGAACUGAGAUGGAGAAGAGCUCUCUUACAUGCUGCUGAUGUGGUGCUGGACCCAGAUACAGCUCAUCCUGAGCUCUUCCUGUCAGAAGACCUGAGAAGUGUGAGACGAGGCACCUCGAGACAGACUGUGCCCAACAACCCGGAGAGAUUUGACUGCCAGCCUUGUGUCCUGGGCCAGGAAAGCUUCUCCUCUGGGAGACAUUACUGGGAGAUGGAGGUAGAAAAUGUCAUGGUGUGGUCCAUUGGAGUUUGUAGAGACAGUGUGGAGAGGAAAGGGGAGGCCCUGCUGAUUCCUGAGAAUGGCUUCUGGACCCUGGAGAUGUUUGGGAACCAGUACCGAGCCUUGUCCUCUCCUGAGAAGGUCCUCCCUGUGAAAGAAUGCCUUCGCCGCGUGGCCGUCUUCCUGGACUACGAAGCUGGAGAUGUGUCCUUCUACAACAUGAGAGACAGGUCACAUAUCUACACAUGUCCCCGUUCAGCCUUUUCUGGGCCCGUGAGACCCUUUUUCAGGCUGGGUUCUGAUGAUAGUCCCCUCUUCAUCUGCCCAGUAUUCAAAGGGGCUCAGGGAGUCACUGUGCCUGAGGGCGGCCUGGUCCUGUAUAGGGCAGGGGCUCACCACCCUCCACAAGAUGAAUUUCUAGGUAUUUGA